ACGAGUUUAGACGACAAGACGACGCUGCAACCAACGGUCGAAGUGUGCGGUAAAAAGAAGUUUUAAUUUUUUCUUUGAAAAUUUUCUAAUAAAUUUAACAGAGGAGAAAUUAUUUGUUAAAAUAAAUGUUGUGUUUUUAAGUUUUGUAUGAAACAUAAGUGAAGUGUUAAAAUAUUAAAAAAACGUUUGUAUUCUAGCCAACGAAAACGAACGAAUACACAUUUUUACAGACAAUUUUGUAUAAUAAUUUGCCUGUUUCUUGGAAGAAAACUAAAAGCGGCGCGUCAACUACGUCUAAAUUGCAAUAAAUUUGCAAAAGAAAACGGAGCAUACAGCUAAAUGAAAAGGAAUUUUUCAAACAUUUAAGCUAGAUUUAUUGGUAAAAAUUUCAAACAAAGUUUGAAAUAUUUGGAAAAAAGGAGUUAAAAUCUCCUCAUUGCUAAAAGUUGAAUAUAAAAGGAGCUUAGAAAAAGUCAACACAAUGCAGAAUGGUAGUAAAGCCGGCGGUGGUGGCAUGUCCAUCGAAAAAAUGUACCAGAAAAAGUCUCAAUUGGAACAUAUCCUUUUGAGACCCGAUACCUAUAUUGGUUCUGUGGAGCAUACUAAGGAAUUGAUGUGGGUGUACAAUGAGGAACGCGGUCGUAUGGUACAACGUGAGAUCUCAUUUGUGCCCGGUCUCUACAAGAUAUUCGAUGAAAUUCUAGUAAAUGCGGCCGAUAACAAGCAGCGUGACAGAAGCAUGAAUACCAUCAAAAUUGAUAUAGAGGCUGAGAAGAACUUAAUUUCGGUGUGGAAUAACGGCCAAGGUAUACCAGUAACCAUGCACAAAGAGGAAAAGAUGUAUGUGCCCACUAUGAUUUUCGGCCAUCUCUUGACAUCUUCGAAUUACAAUGAUGAUGAGAAAAAGGUUACUGGCGGUCGUAAUGGUUAUGGUGCCAAAUUAUGUAAUAUUUUCUCCACUUCUUUUACCGUGGAGACGGCCACCAAACAGUACAAAAAGAAUUUCAAACAAACUUGGGCCUCCAACAUGACCAAGACGACUGAACCGAGAAUUAAAGAAUUUUCGGGAACUGAUUUCACCAAAAUUACUUUCAGUCCUGAUUUGGCUAAAUUUAAAAUGGAUCGUUUGGAUGAGGACAUUGUGGCUUUGAUGUGUAGAAGAGCUUUUGAUGUGGCCGCCACCAGUAAGGGUGUUGCGGUGUAUUUGAAUGGCAAAAAGUUGUCGGUUAAAAACUUCAAAGACUACAUUGAUUUGUAUGUAAAGCCGGAUGACAGCGAAGCUGCCCAGCCCAUAAAAAUUGUGUACGAACAAUGUGGAGAACGUUGGGAAAUUGCCUGCUGUCCCUCUGAUCGUGGUUUUCAACAGGUAUCCUUUGUCAAUUCCAUUGCCACCACCAAGGGUGGUCGUCACGUAGAUCAUGUGGUGGAUAAUAUUAUCAAACAGCUGCUGGAAGUUUUAAAAAAGAAAAAUAAAGGUGGUAUUAACAUUAAACCCUUCCAAGUGCGUAAUCAUUUGUGGGUGUUUGUCAAUUGUUUGAUUGAAAAUCCCACCUUUGACUCGCAAACCAAGGAGAACAUGACAUUACAGGCCAAAGGUUUUGGCUCCAAGUGUGCCAUUACGGAAAAAUUCAUUGGUGCGGUAUCGAAAUCGGGUAUAGUAGAGUCGGUGUUGUCUUGGGCUAAAUUCAAGGCAGAAAAUGAUAUUGCCAAGACUGGCGGCAAGAAAUCGACCAAAAUAAAGGGUAUACCCAAAUUGGAAGAUGCCAACGAGGCCGGUACCAAGAACUCUUACAUGUGCACUUUGAUUCUCACCGAGGGAGACUCAGCUAAAUCUUUGGCUGUGUCGGGUCUGGGUGUUAUAGGCCGUAAUUUCUAUGGCGUCUUUCCUUUGCGUGGUAAAUUGUUGAAUGUACGUGAAGCCACCUUUAAGCAGCUGGCUGAAAAUGCCGAAAUCAAUAAUCUGUGCAAAAUCAUAGGUCUGCAGUAUAAAAAGAAAUAUCUUUCGAUGGAUGAUAUUAAGACUUUACGUUAUGGCAAAGUAAUGAUCAUGACAGAUCAGGAUCAGGAUGGUUCUCACAUCAAAGGUCUGCUGAUUAACUUUAUACACACCAACUGGCCAGAAUUGCUGCGUUUGCCCUUCCUAGAGGAGUUCAUUACGCCCAUUGUCAAGGCCACUAAGAAGAAUGAAGAAUUGUCUUUCUACUCGCUGCCCGAAUUUGAGGAAUGGAAGAACGAUACACCCAACAAUAACACCUACAAUAUCAAAUACUACAAAGGUUUGGGUACUUCGACCUCUAAGGAGGCGAAAGAGUAUUUCCAGGACAUGGAAAGACAUCGUAUACUCUUCAAAUAUGAUGGCAACAAAGAUGAUGACAGUAUUGUUAUGGCUUUCUCACGCAAACACAUUGAGUCGCGUAAGGAAUGGCUCACCUCCCACAUGGAUGAAGUAAAGAGACGCAAAACUUUGGGUCUACCCGAACGUUAUCUCUACACCAAGGGCACUAAAGCGGUCAGUUAUGCAGACUUUAUUAAUUUGGAAUUGGUUUUGUUCUCCAAUGCGGAUAAUGUACGUUCCAUACCCUGUUUGGUGGAUGGUUUUAAGCCCGGUCAACGUAAGGUCAUGUUCACUUGCUUCAAACGUAACGACAAACGCGAAGUCAAGGUGGCCCAACUUUCUGGAUCGGUGGCUGAAAUGUCUGCUUACCAUCACGGUGAGGUGUCGCUGCAAAUGACCAUCGUUAAUUUGGCCCAGAAUUAUGUGGGUUCCAAUAACAUAAAUUUGCUAGAGCCUAGAGGUCAGUUCGGUACUCGUUUGACGGGUGGCAAGGAUUGCGCUAGCGCUCGUUAUAUUUUCACUAUUAUGUCGCCACUGGCUCGUCUGAUAUUCCAUCCCCAUGACGAUCCUCUGCUGCAAUAUGAAGUCGAUGAUGGCCAGAAGAUCGAACCUCAAUGGUAUAUGCCCAUUAUACCCAUGAUAUUGGUUAAUGGUGCCGAUGGUAUUGGUACUGGUUGGUCUACCAAGAUCUACAAUCACAAUCCCCGGGAUAUUAUGCGUAACAUUAGACGCAUGAUUGCCAAUGAAGAACCUCAAGUCAUGCACCCCUGGUAUAAGAACUUCCGUGGUCCCAUUGAGUACAUUUCCGAUGGUCGUUACAUCAGUUCGGGCAAUAUACAAAUUAUUCAAGGCAAUAAAAUUGAAAUUUCCGAGUUGCCUAUUGGCACCUGGACCCAGAAUUACAAGGAAAAUGUUUUGGAGCCUCUUUCAACGGGCACGGAUAAGGUAAAGGCCAUCAUUUCCGAUUAUCGUGAAUAUCAUACCGAUACCACGGUACGUUUUGUCAUAACUUUGUCCCCCGGAGAAUUUGAGCGUAUAGAGCAAGAGGAUGGUGGCUUCCAUCGUAUUUUCAAAUUGACCUCAUCCUUGUCCACAAAUCAAAUGCACUGUUUCGAUGAAUUGAAUUGUUUAAGGCGUUAUCCCACUUCUUUGGACGUUAUAAGGGCAUUUUAUCCACUACGUUUGGAAUACUAUGAAAAGCGUAAGGAGUAUUUGGUGGGCCAAUUGACGGCCCAAGCAGAUCGUCUUACGGAUCAGGCACGUUUCAUUUUGGAAAAAUGCGAACGUACUUUGGUGGUGGAAAACAAGAAACGCAAAGCCAUGAUAGACGAGCUCAUCAAGCGUGGAUAUCGCCCCGAUCCCGUUAAAGAAUGGCAACAGCGCAUUAACCAACAAGAGGAAGAAGUAGAUGAUGAUGAGGAGGAAGAAGAGGAGGAGGGUGCUUCUACUUCGGUUGUUAAGAAGGAGAAGAAGACGGCUGUAGAUCCCGAGAAAGCAUUCCAGAAACUCACCGAUGUCAAAAAGUUCGAUUAUCUCUUGGGCAUGUCCAUGUGGAUGUUGACGGAGGAGCGUAAAAACGAAUUGUUGAAACAACGCGAUCAAAAGUUGGCUGAAUUGGCAGCUUUGAAGGCAAAAACCGUACAAAUGUUGUGGCUGGAUGAUUUAGAUGAGUUGGAAAAGAAGCUCAAUGAGGUGGAAGAGAAAGAGCGACUCGAUGAGUUGGGCAUCAAUAAGAAGCAAGCCAAGGCAUUGGCCAAAAACAAAGCUACUGCUAAUGUGGUCUUGAAGAAGCGUGGCAACAAAGAGGGCAACACUGAUGUAUUCCCAGAUCCUCGCGGCGUUAAAGUCGAAUUCAAAGUUACCGAGGAAAUUAUGAAAAAGGUUUCGGCCGCAGUGGCAGCCACUACAAAAGUUAAAAAGGAGAAGGUGGACAAGAAGGCCGUCAAGGAGGGUGCUGCCAAGGAAGGGGCAGAUGAGGAUGAUUUUGAUGCUUUGGUGGAGGGUGGCGCAAAGGGACCCAAGUCAUCACCCAAAGUUAAAAAAGAACCAGGAGUUAAAAGGGGACCCAAAAAGAAGGAGGCCACCGACGGUCUCAAACAAACAAAAUUGGGCUUCAAGUCUAAAGGACGUAAAAAGAAGGGCGGUAGUUCUGAUGAAGAUGAGGCUAUGCUAUCAGGUAGCGAUGUCGAUAUACCUGUCAGUGUUGCUCCACGUGCCGAUCGUCCGGGACGUCGCCAGGCCACUAAAAAGAUUAAUUAUUCGGGUCUUUUAGAUUCAGAGGAGGAAAAGAGUAGCGAUGGUGAAUUGGUAUUCAAGGACAAUGAUGCCGUAAAAGCACCCACACAUACGACCACCACAAUAUCUGAUAAUGAUGAAUCCGAUUGUGUGGUGCAAAGUGAUGAAGAAGAGUCAUCACCUCUUAAAAAGAAACCUGUCACCACAAAGAGACCGCGUAAAAACAAAUCAUCUAGUGAUAGUGAGGAAGACAAAAAGAAAAAGAAGAAGCGUGUAAUAAUUGAUAGUGAAGAUGAAGAUGAUGACUCUGAUUUUGAGGCUUAAACAUAAAAUAAUAAUUUAAUUUUUAAAAAAUUUAUAUAUUUUAAUAAGGGAAUAAUAAUACUAAUUUGUAUUCAACUUUAAAACACAUUCUGGUCUGUGUCCCCUCAUCCUGUCUCACUCCGUUAUAUCUUUACAUAAAAUCCUUACGAAAUCAUUGAUUCUCUUAACACUCUCAAAAUGUGUUUCAAUUUGUUUUUAAUGUAACCGUAACAAUUACAAUUAUUUUUUAAUUAUAAUAAUUUUUAAUUUUUAAUGAAGAAAUAUGUUUAAUUUUUUAAAACUUUUAAAAAGCUCUUACUAUGUUUGUAUUAAUUAAACAAUUGUUCUUUUUUUCAUUUUAAAUAUAAUUAUUUUAUUUAUUCAUUCAUUAUUAAUUAAACAAUAAUCUAAAAGAAAGCUUAAAUAAUUUGCCUAAAAAAACAAGCAUUUUAUUUCGCAAUGAAACCUUUAAAAUAUACAACAUUUUUAUAUAUAUUUUUUUUCUUUUAAAACCCCUUAUUAAUGUUUAAAUUAUUAAACAAAAUUUACCAAAAUUUCAAAUUGUUCAUUUAUUUUGUGUAUGACCCCUUUAGUUUUUGUAAAUACAUUAUUUUAAUAUGAUUUUCUUACAUUUUUAUUUGAAAAGAAAUAAAUUUUACAUACACCAAAUGUUUUAAAGAAAAAAUAUAACGUAUUUCUUUUUUCCAAACUUUUUUUUUUAUAAAUUUGUCUUAUAUUAAAACAUUUUCUUAAAAAAAAAAUAUUUAAAUAAGGUCUUGAUUUUUAAAAAUUUAAUCAUAAUAGACAAGCAAAAUAUAAACAAACUCGAAAGAACACAUUAAACGUAUGUAUUACAAAUAACAAAAAAAAUCUCUCAUUUCUAAUUAUAAAAUAAAACCAAGAAAAAUACAAUUUUAAAUAAAAAAGAAACAA